GUAAAUAUGUGAAUGCCGUCACCAAAAGUUAGUUCAUCAGCUGUAUUGAAGGAGCAAGAGCUAGAAAGUGAUUUUUUCAAACUUCUCCGCAUUAUUUGUGAAAAGCAUACCUCUUCGAAAGUGGAUAUUGGGGUAUCAGAUUGGAAACUAACGGAAAACUGCCUAGACGAAAUAAAUUAUCGCUAUGCCGACUUUUACUUUCUAGUAGCCUUCGCCUCCACUUAUCCAUUUCGAAAUAAAUGCUCCAGAUCCUUUUUCGCUCGCAAUCGUUUGCCGCUUUAUUUUGGUUUAGUUGGAUACGACAUUGGCCUACGCUCGACAUCUCCUUACCCUGCAAUCAGCUUUUGGAAUUCGAUAUGUGUGAUAAAUAGCGAUAUGGGCCGUGCUGCCCGCAUGAUUCGUUGCCCUGAUUCCUUUUAUGAGGUAGUAUGGGAUGAAAACCACACGAUCCGCAACCAAAAUUUUAUGGUAUGGGUUUCCGAAAAGUUACGGCCUGUGAUAUGCCCUCUUCUUUUACAAGACGUCUUUACUAGCGUAUUUGAGGCCUCUUCGUGGAAGGAAGAAAGGAAUGAUGGAAUCAUAGUUACAUCCUUAGUUAUAAACAAUCGUUUUUUUAGAUGGGACCCGUUUAAAAUUUUGACCACGACGAAAUCUGGCAAGAUUAUCUAUCAAGUUCAACUCGCCCUGAGUCCUUCAUUUGGUGUGUCGAGAAACAUGCGCCGUUCUUAUCACUGCCGGGAUAUUAUUAUGGAGCGGUCAACAUUAGCGGGGCGUGUCUGGUAUGGUGCUCAUUUUCUCAUAAUGUACAUGUUCGGCUUGGAAAGGCCAUAGAAAGAGCGCUACGUUUAACAAUUUCGAUUUACUCUUUUUAACCUGAGCUUCUGUAAAUGUCUAUCUGAAAGAACAACUGUGAAUAGCAGGAAGAGGAGCUUCCUUGCGUAUACAGGUAUG